AGCAGUUCAGGCCGUUGACCGGAGACGCACACAGCAGACAGCAGAGACGAUGCAGCCCUCGCACGCGCUUGCCGCCGCUCUCAUCGUUCUGCUCGCGCUCCAGCAGUCGGAGGGAUUCUGGCUUUUUAACGUCAUCUUUCCGCCGACCGCCGGCCCGCAUGAAGUGAGCAACAGCACGCCGCCUCUUAUCAUCGUGCCAGGGAAUAUCGGCAAUCGCCUGGAGGCCAAAAUAGACAAACCCAUGCUGGUGCACUGGCUCUGCUACAAGAAGACCGAGGACUGGUUUCCGCUGUGGAUUGACCUCAAUAUGUUCAUGCCCAUCGGCGUUGACUGCUGGAUUGACAACAUUAGGAUUGUGUAUAACCGAACGACUCGCAGGACUUCCAACUCUCCUGGUGUGGAAGUGCGUGUCCCUGGAUUUGGCCAGACAUACUCUAUAGAGUUCCUGGAUAACAACAAUCUGGCAGGUUAUUUUCACACCAUGGUUGAACAUUUGGUCAGUAUUGGAUAUGUGCGCAACAAGACUGUUCAGGCAGCACCGUAUGACUGGAGGAUUGCCCCAAAUGAGCAGGCUGAGUAUUUUGCACGGCUAAAGAGCCUCGUGGAGGAGAUGCACAAUGAGUACAAGCAACCUGUCCACCUGCUGGGCCACAGCAUGGGAGGACUUUACAUCCUCUACUUCCUCAACCAGCAAAGCCAGGCCUGGAAAGAUCAAUACAUCAAGAGCUUCAUCUCACUGGGAGCUCCAUGGGGUGGAUGUGUGAAGCCCCUCAGAGUUUUAGCAUCAGGCGACAACGAUGGCAUCCCUCUGGUGUCCUCAAUCAAGAUCCGUGAGGAACAGCGCAUGACCACCACCAACCCAUGGAUGAUCCCAUCUCAGGAUGCAUGGCCCGAGGACCAUGUUUUUAUCUCCACGCCAAGCUUCAACUACACCCAUCAGGACUACCGUCGCUUCUUCAACGACAUUAACUUUGAGGACGGUUGGCACAUGUGGGAGGACACAAGGAACCUCACGGCAGACCUCCCCGCCCCCGGAGUCGAGGUCCACUGUUUCUACGGUGUUGGCCUACCCACGCCAGUCACCUACAUCUAUGACGAGAAGUUCCCGAACAGUGAUCCAGUGAACUUUCUGUACAAGGACGGGGACGAUACGGUGGACAGCCACAGCAUGAGCUUGUGUAAGCGCUGGACAGGUAAACAGCAGCAACCGGUGUACGUGACAGAAUUCAACGGCAUGGCUCACCUCGACAUCGUCUUCAACCACAACGUCCUCAGUGCCAUCCAGGAGAUCCUACAGGGAACGGUUCAGAAGGACGAGGCCGUCCGUACUAUUUUUGUCAAACAGUCUCAGCGGCGCAAACUUAUCAACCAGAGCCCUUAAAUAAUGCUCGGCUUGAUUUCAUAAAUGCAGAGUGUUUAACUUUAAAGAUUGCAAAGAGAGUUGAUGUGCAUUAGGACGUAUGACUGAAACAAAGUAGGUCCUUUACUAUGUGGACUUUUGUGUAUAUAUUCACAAACAUAACCAGUUUGUAUAGAAUAUACAGAUUCAACAAUAUGUACAGGUUAAAUAUGUAUCAGUAAUCACAUGUACAUCCAUCGUCUCUUGUCCUUUUUUUAGCUUCGGUUUUGCUAAAUAUGACUGACUGUCACUGCCUGCUGGACAAAACAGUCAUCAUUAUUUUUCAAUAUAUAUAGUUUGUAAAGUUUAAUGUCUAAUGUUUAAUGUCUGUUUAAAUUUUACAUCUAUUUUACUGUCCGGUAUUCCUAUUAUUAGAUUAUGUUUUAAAUUUUAGCAGCACUCAGCCCUCUGUACAUUUCUUUUUUGUAUUGGAAACUUAAAUGUCCUUAAAUAAAACUU